GAGAGCAGCGCGAGGCUGCAGCAGGAGCGACGGAGGGGCGACCGGAGGCAGAACCGAGAAUUACUCGAGUACAGCAGACACACACGGAGCGAGGAGCGAUACGGCCGGCGGUUACUGUACUCAUAAACUACUGUACUCACUUACAACCCCCAGUUCACUCUGAUUUACUGCCCUGAACCCCGAGAGACGAGCGAGGAGUGAGAAAACAGUGGAGAAUACAAUUAACUAAACCUGUCAGAGAGAAUAACGGCUGAACGGAGAGUCUGCAGGAGCGGCCAGAGUCGAGGUGCCCCCCCUCCUUUUUUGCAAGACAUCAGUGAGUUGGUUUAUCCAUCCAAGCAUCCUCUCCGCAGCCUUUGCCUCCAGACCCAGCAUCUUUAGUACAGAUUGACUGUGACCAGCCUCAGUUUUACCUCUUAAAUUCCACUCUCAAGCCUCCAGCCUGUGGUCUAAGGAGUGGUGAUGGGGCCUGUGCGGGCCUCGCCCUUAGCCCAGCCUGUGCUGGCUGUUUUGGGGCUCGUUAUCGGCGUGUGGAGCCUCAACCCAGACGACCCCAAUGUCUGCAGUCACUGGGAAAGCUAUGCUGUGACUGUACAGGAGUCCUACUCCCAUCCAUUCGACCAGAUCUACUACACCAGGUGCACGGACAUCCUCAACUGGUUCAAAUGCACCAGACACAGAAUAAGCUACAAAACAGCGUAUCGGAGGGGGGUGCGCACCAUGUACCGUCGUCGCUCUCAGUGCUGUCCCGGCUACUUCGAGAGUGGAGAACUGUGUGUCCCUCUGUGCACCGAGGAGUGCGCCCACGGCCGCUGCGUGUCUCCGGAUACGUGUCAGUGUGAGCCAGGCUGGGGAGGGCUGGACUGCUCCAGUGGGUGUGAGAGUGGUUACUGGGGGCCACACUGCAGUAACCGCUGCCAGUGCCAGAAUGGAGCUCUGUGUAACCCCAUCACCGGAGCCUGUGUCUGCACUGACGGCUACCAGGGCUGGCGCUGCGAAGAUCACUGUGAGCCGGGCUACUAUGGCAAGGGAUGCCAGCUGCAGUGCCAGUGUCUUAACGGUGCCACCUGCCACCAUGAGACUGGAGAAUGCAUCUGUGCCCCAGGGUACAUGGGUGCUGUCUGCGGAGAGCGAUGUCCCUCGGGCAGUCACGGGCCCCAGUGUGAGCAGCGCUGCCCCUGCCAGAACGGAGGAACCUGCCACCACAUCACUGGAGAAUGCUCCUGCCCCGCUGGAUGGACUGGGUCUGUAUGUGCCCAGCCCUGCCCAUUAGGCAAAUAUGGCAUCAACUGCAGCAGGGACUGUUCGUGCCGCAAUGGAGGACUGUGUGACCACAUCACCGGGCAGUGCCAGUGCGUGGCAGGCUACACAGGACGCAGGUGCCAGGAGGAGUGCCCAGUGGGCACAUAUGGGCCGCAGUGCGCGCUCCAUUGUGACUGUCAGAAUGGGGCCAAGUGUUACCACAUCAACGGGGCGUGUCUAUGUGACACUGGCUUUAAAGGGCCUCACUGCCAGGACAGAUUUUGCCCUCCAGGACUAUACGGCCUCAUCUGUGACAAGUACUGCCCCUGCAAUGCUACAAAUACCCUCAGCUGUCACCCUUUAUCAGGGGAAUGCUCCUGUGCAGCAGGAUGGACUGGGCUGUACUGCAAUGAGACCUGUCCCCCAGGCUACUAUGGUGAGGGCUGCAGCGUGCAGUGCCACUGUGCCAAUGGAGCAGACUGCCAUGGAACCACUGGGGCUUGUGUCUGUGCUCCUGGCUUCACUGGAGAUGACUGCUCCCACACGUGCUCUCCUGGAUUUCAUGGAACUAACUGCUCAUCCACCUGCCACUGCCAUAAUCAGGCCUCAUGCUCCCCUAGUGAUGGCUCCUGCAUCUGCAAAGAAGGCUGGCAGGGUGUGGACUGCUCUAUCUUGUGCUCCAGUGGAACAUGGGGUGUGAGCUGUAACCAGACUUGUUUGUGUGCAAAUGGGGCAGCCUGUGACCCUAUGGAUGGCUCUUGCACCUGUGCACCGGGCUGGAGGGACAAGCAUUGCCAACUGUCUUGCCCGGACGGCACCUACGGGCUGGAUUGUCGGGAACACUGUGACUGCAACCAUGCGGAUGGAUGCGACCCUGUCAGUGGUUAUUGCCGUUGUUUGGCAGGUUGGACAGGGAUCCACUGUGACAACGUCUGCCCUCAAGGUUUCUGGGGGCCCAACUGCUCCAUGACCUGCUCAUGCCAGAACGGAGGCUCAUGCUCCCCAGAGGACGGCACCUGCGUGUGCGCUCCCGGCUACCGCGGCACCUCCUGUAAAAGAAUCUGUUCUCCCGGGUUCUACGGGCACCGCUGCAGUCAGACCUGUCCUCAGUGUGUGCACAGCACCGGCCCCUGUCAUCACAUCACUGGUCACUGCGAAUGCCUGUCCGGCUUUUUUGGUCCACUGUGCAACCAAGUGUGUCCCAGCGGCAGGUAUGGGAAGGCCUGUGCUGAGGUGUGUUUCUGCACUAACAACGGCACCUGCAACCCUAUCGAUGGCUCCUGCCAGUGCUUCCCUGGCUGGAUUGGAGAUGACUGUUCACGGGCAUGUCCUAUAGGGCAGUGGGGCCCUGACUGCCUGAACUCAUGUAACUGCCACAACGGAGCCCAGUGUAGUCUCUACGAUGGAGAGUGCAGGUGCAGCCCCGGCUGGACUGGCCUCUACUGCACACAGCGCUGCCCCUCAGGCUUCUACGGGCGAGACUGUGCUGAGGUGUGCCGCUGUCAGAAUGGAGCGGACUGUGACCACAUGACUGGCCAGUGUGCCUGUCGCACUGGCUUCAUUGGAGCCAGCUGUGAGCAAAAGUGUCCUCCUGGGACAUUUGGCUAUGGCUGUCAGCAGCUGUGUGAGUGCAUGAACAACGCCACCUGUGACUAUGUGACUGGAACCUGCUACUGCAGCCCUGGAUACAAGGGGAUUCGCUGUGACCAGGCGGCUCUAAUGAUGGAGGAGCUGAAUCCCUACACCAAGAUCAGCCCAGCCCUGACCUCUGAACGCCAGUCAGCCGGUGCCGUCAUGGGCAUCAUCUUCCUCCUCCUCAUCAUCAUGGCAAUGCUCAGCCUGUUUGUGUGGUACAGGCAGCGGCAGCGGGACAAGGGUCAGGACAUGCCCAGCGUGUCCUACACGCCGGCCUUGCGUAUAACCAACACUGACUACUCGCUCUCUGAUACGUCUCAGAGCAGCAGCAGCGGUCAGUGCUUCUCCAACCCCAGCUACCACACUGUGGCCCAGUGCACGGGACCCUCCUCCAACACCAACAACCUGGAUGGGACGCUCACUUUGAAGAAAGGAGAAAGGAACAGUUCAGAAUGGAGAGCGUACUGCAAUCUGAAUGACCUUGGUGUGUCACGAGAGGACACGUUAACACUACGGGACAACAAAACCACACGAGUGGCUAAAGAGUACAUUAAGACAUCCAUGUGCAGCUCCAGCUCCUGCUCUCUGAACAGUGAAAACCCCUACGCCACCAUCCGGGACCCGCCGGGCUUGGCCUGCAAGCACACAGAGAGCAGCUAUGUGGAGAUGAAGUCUCCUGCACACAGGGAUCUGUCGUUCUGCUCCAGCACCAGCACCACUCUCACCUCCGCUAGCAGGAAUGUCUAUGACGUGGAACCCACAGUGAGUGUUCUGCAGGGACCCAAUGGCCUGGCGACAGGAUUCUCCCAGAACCCAUACGACCUGCCGCGGAACAGCCACAUCCCCAGCCACUACGACAUCCUUCCCAUGCGCCACAGCCCCCCACACACCCCUCCACCACCAGACAGCCCGCCCAGCUCCCUACUGUAGAGCCCAGGCCUCAGUCUACCUCCAGUCCAGAGUAUGACCACUACCACGCGACUCUGCAGGACCUUCUCCUCGUUUUUUUUUUGUUUGUUUUUAUGUUUUUUGGAAAUAUCAUCAGGUCUUUCUGUCUUACACUCGUACAACACAGAUGCAUGACUAGAUGCAAAUAGCGCCUGGACAUUAAUAACAUGGCAGUAUUCCCAAACUGCAACACUGCACCAGAUUUGUGUGUGUGUGUUUACACUGACAACAGAGAAAGAUACUACCGUGUGAAUGAAUGAACACACCUUUCUUUCCAGUAGUUUUCUGGACACAGGGAUUCAGUUAUGUCCACGGAACGCUGAAUGAAGAAAGAGGAAAGAAAUAAUCCGUAAAUAAAUUGUAUAUAUUGAAGCAUUGAAGAGGACAUGCUCUCGUCUCGCUCAGAUCCAGGACAGAAGCGGUGUCUUCAUCAAUGGGAGGGAUCUUCAUGGGAGUUUUUAUGUAUAUAGUAUCAGUGCUGCACUUCUGGAUGGCUCAAAGAAGCUGUAAUCAUCCAGCUAUCUGCUCCAACUGUCAGACAAUGACUGACCCAAACCAUCCUCUCUGGAGCCAAGGAGAACUAUCUGCCCCAGAUGCAGCAUCACUGGUAACCUUGACCAUUCACUAGUUAAAGAGGGCUCCAAAAGCCCUUAGUGACAAAGCAUGGUUAAAUAGUAAGUAGUUCUUAUUGUAAAAAGACCAUUACACACAAACACGCACACACACAUACAAAAGAGUUUUUAAGAACAUUCAUUUUUGAUAACACUAUACUAUAUGAGACUUUACAAGACUUUAAAACCACAUUCAUGAGGUAUUUUAAAACCUACAGGGGAAUAAAAAAUAUAUAUAUAUAUAAAAAAAAGAUAAACACAUUACUGUAGCUCGAUAUAACCUGUGCAAUGUCACUAAUGGUACUAGUCAAGUGUCAACCUGCUGUUUCAUACAAAAUACUUUAUGGAUGGUUAUAUUUCAAGUUAGCAGGUGUAAUGUCAUGUGAAUAUGUGAUUAAGUCUUUAAACUAUAGUGUUAAGUUUGGGUUUUUUCUGUUAAAACAUAUACCGAUAAAACAUAUUUUGCCUUUCUUAUUUCUCUGUUUGUAUUUUAAAAAGGCCAGUUGGUUGGAUCUUAAGGGAAGUUUUUUUUUUGUUUUUGUAUUUAUGUAUUUAUGGUGUAUUUAUUUGUAAUUUAUUUGCGCAAGUGAUGAUUUUGUUAUUUUUUUUUCUAUUGUAAAAGUUGAAACAAAAAUUCAAGAGCAUGAACAAAAUGAUACCAAGUGACGCUUAAUUAUUUUCAUGUUUAUGUGAUUGUGCCAUUUGUGCGACGCAGGUUAGCUCUCAUGUCUAAGUAGAUGCAUCACAGCAAGCAAAGACCAUCUACAUAUCACAUAUUACAUCACAUCACAGACAUCAUGUUUCCAGUUUCUUGGUUCUGAAGUCAAGUUUGGUAGUUCUGCUUUUGUAUUUUAAGUUGAGCUGAGUUUCAAAAUGUAGCUGCAUCCACCCCCUCACUUAAGCAAUAACAUACUGACAAUCACACAACAGGACAACAGUGAAGUUUAACCCUCCCCCUCCCCCCAACUACACACACACAAACCCACUCACAGCCAGACAGUGUUCUUACACACACAGGCUCGUGUGGACUGUUUAUAAACCCAUCAUUUGGUUUCAUCCUCGUCAUUCAAAUGCUGCUUGGUGUUUUCUUACAAAACUGAAAAUAAAGCUUCUGGGGAACGAGUCUGAUUUGACAGCAGCCUUCA